CAUGAUAUGAAAUGGACGGCCAUUAUGAAGCUGCAGCUAGAUUUUAGCAUAGUUAGCAUAAAGACUGGAAGGGAGGGAAGGGAAACAGCUAGUGGACAUUUCAGCAGAAGCAAACAGCAUAAGAGCAACUCAACAACACCAGGCAUGCGUGACGCUCUGUUCCUGAAAUGCUCCCUGUGGGAUAUGAAGCCACUCAGAGGACAGAACAAAACAGUGUUGCAAGAAUGAUGAUGCAGGCAGUGCUGCAGGAAUAGGAUGACUGGGAAGACCCUAACCAGCAACGUGACCAACAAGAAUGACCCGCGCUCCCUCAACUCCCGCGUCUUCAUUGGCAACCUCAACACGGCCGUGGUAACCAAGGCCGACAUCGAGGCUAUCUUCGCCAAAUACGGCAAGAUCGUGGGCUGCUCGGUGCACAAGGGCUACGCCUUCGUCCAGUACGCCAGCGAGAGGAACGCCAGAGCAGCCGUGGCUGGGGAGAACACCAGGGUCAUCGCCGGACAAUCACUAGAUAUCAACAUGGCAGGAGAGCCCAAACCAUACAGGCCCAAGAUGGGCUCCAAGAGGCCUCUCUCCUCCCUCUACAGUCACGGGGAUCGCACCGCUUCAGUCACCACCCAGAGGCCAACAAACACAGGUGGCUACGAAUUUGACUAUGACUACUACAGAGAUGAUUUCUACAGCAGACUCUUUGAGUACCACGGCCGUGUCGUGCCUCCGACCCGGGCUGUGAUUCCCAUCAAGCGUUCGCGGCUAGUUGUCCCGUCCACACGCAGAGCCAAAUCUUCCUUUCCAGUCAGGGCCUGUUCUUCCUCCUCUUCCUCCUCCUCUUCCUCCUCCCGAGCACUCAAUGUCGGCUCUUCCAUCACAGCUCCUAAACUGAAGACAGACCAGCUCCAAACAAUCAAAAAGGAGCUGUCACAGAUCAAGACCAAGAUCGACUCCCUGCUGGGAAGGCUGGAGAAGAUUGAGAGGCAACAUCGCUCCGACACAGAGAUGCAGAGGAAACAGGAGGAGAUGUGUGAGUGUAUCCAUGGUGACGCAGCAGACCACUCCGGUGGAGAAGAUGUGGAGGGGACAGCCGAGGUGGAGGCGGGGGAGAUGACAGACGGCGGAGAAGACGAUUUUGAAGACGAAGGCACCAGCGAUAUGAUAGAGAACCACAUAUCGGACAUUGACAACUGAGCAAGGUUGGGGGGAAAAGAGAGGUCCUACAGUACCAGAAGUUGAGAGAACAGAUACCAGCACAACCUUUCUCCUCAAGAAGGUGUAUUUGAAAAUUAAAGGGGAAGCAAAAAUGAGAGUGACUGACAGCAGAGGAAGAGUUUUUUCAAACAUGUUUGUAGCUUGUUUGCCUCAUUAGAACACGACACUUCUGAUGUGUACUUGCUGGUUAUGAAAUUCUCCAGAGAACUGCAAGAUCAACUGCAGAGAGCAAUCAGUAGUUUCCCUUCAAACUAAUUGCCUCUCUGGAUAAUAAGGACAGUAUCUCAUGUGCUUAAUAUAUUAUGGUCUGUAUUGUGCAUAAAAAAAACAAACGAAAAAAACAGAUGAACCAUUAAAUGCCCUUCUUUCGUUGUACUGCAAAGUGUAUGUUUGUUCUGUUUAUGUGAUGAGCCACGACACUGGCAGAGAGCUACAUAUGAAUGUAAGAGGAACACGUUUUAAUUUAUGUGAUUUGCUUUGUUCGUACAUUUGGCUGAAAUGUACGGUAUGUAAUUUAUUCACAGCCCCUCCACACAGUAUUGUAUGCAUACCAUGUUUUUUUCAUUUAUCACACUUGAUAAGAUGCAGUUUGAAUUCUGUUUACAUUCAUUUUAUGGGAAACAUAAGAUAACUAUUUUUUACUAUCAGCAUGUUGAAAAUGUGGCUAUUAUGGAUCAUUUGUAUUCAUUGCAUCUGUUGUACAGCUAUGGAUGAUAUCCGUUUUUGAAAUAAACCCGUUCCUCCCCAAAACAAACAACAACAACAAAAAAAA